UCAGUGUUCGCCGGCUCCAGUGUCAAUUUGACAUCCAAGAAGCACCGGUUUCUCCUUCGUGUGGGCCCGUAUUUUCGAUCAAACUGGCGCUAGAGUGGUUAACAAUGGAUCCAAAAACAUUCAUGGAUAUUGCUACGGUGGUUACAAAACUGAAAAUGUACCCCUAUUUCGACAUUGCACAUUACGUGCUAAUGUGCUGUUCUGUACGAGAGGAUAUGCCGCAAGUGACGGGCCCACUAGCAUUCUCCAGGAAGCACCCGCUGUCUUGCUGGUUCUCCUGUAUGUUGAUUUGCUUUGCUGGCAGUUUCAUCGCUAACUUGCUGCUUGGAGAACCCUGCCUUACACCAUUCAAAGACCACAAGAGUUUGAUAACAGCUACAGUAGUAUGGUACCUAAUCUUCUAUUCACCGUUUGAUAUAGUCUACAAAAUAGUCAAGUUCCUGCCUUUCAAGAUAGUGUUAGCAAUGUUGAAAGAAACACAGCGGGCUCACAAAGUAUACCAUGGCGUGAUCCACACGGCCAAACUCUACCCUAAUGCUUAUGUCAUCAUAGUAAUGAUUGGUACUAUCAAAGGUGCAGGCAGCGGGAUGAUGAAGAACGUUGAUAGACUUGUCCGAGGUAUCUGGGUGCCCACCACAAAUGAACUUUUACAGCCAACUUUCUACACAAAGGCAUCAGCAGUGGCCUCUCUUGUGUUCCUGUUGGAGAGACAGGGACUCAUCAGUGUGCCACACCCACUCGUCUAUUUCGGAGUUGUCAUCUUCUUCAUCUACUUCAAGCUGUCGUCAAUAAUCCUUGGCAUUCAUGACCCAUUCGGGCCCUUCGAGAACUUGUUCUGUGCCAUCUUCAUGGGCGGAAUCUGGGAUGCCAUGCGCAGAGCUGUAACCAAGGAGCCUAAGAAGGAGGAAGAAAGCAAAGACAUGAGGAACGAUGUCAUCAAGUCAAAAGAGGACAAGAAAAGAGAUUGAGAGGAACACAGAGUUGAGGAAUGAAGUAUAAACAACAUACCAUGGAAUUUGGAAGAAAGAUGAACUAUGUCUUGAUAAUCUGAACACAACAGGUUCAGUUCAUUUUAGAACUUAAUUAUAGUUAUCUUAUGUUAAAGCGUGAGUUUUAUUAGUUAUUCGGAGAUAUAUGAUAUAUUGUUAAAAAUUUAAAUGUAUGGGAAAAUAUGAUACAAAUACAUGGGUUAUUAGCUAGCUAAUGUCAUAUACUUCAUAAAGGGUCCUAGAACUUGAUCAAGCAGUGCCUAAGGUUAGGACCCUAUAUCUUCCAAACAAAAUGCCAAAAUUCCAAAAUGCCUGCAAUGGAUAUAGAGAGUAGUAAAAUCUGUAUUCCAUGCUUCCUGAUCCUGCUUCCGAGAAUCACAACAGAAUAUGCCCAGCCCCAACGUAUGACCCUAUCACCAGUGUCCAGCAGCCCGUACAUCCGACUCAGCACAAUGCCAGUAUCAUAUUGUUGAUAUGUAUAUGAGAUUAUGUACAUAAACAUCUCAAAACUAGCGAUCACCUGUGUACAUUAAGCCAUCUGCUGGUCACUGUGAUAGGGUCAUACGUUACCAAAGACAGUGGUUGGUUAGUAUUGCUUAAGAAUUUUGUUUAUAUUUUGUAUGGAGGGCAUGAAUUGGAAUCAUUUAUGUAUGUAGUACCCAUCUUUGUGGAACUGUAUUGUGAUAAGAGAAUUGAUCUGAUUUUAAUAUAUUUUUUAGAUUACAACUGUCCACCAGAUCAAAGGUUUGUUUAGUUGGCGCCCUUAAUGGUCAGGUACAUGUUAAAGUACAUGCUUCAACACAGUAACGAUAGAUACAGUUUUCUGUGUAGGCGAUCUUUCAAAAUUGUCACCAGUAUGCUGGAAACUGCCUUUAAAUAGAAAAAGAUUGAAUCAUUGUGAAUCUUGAGAAAAUACUUGGUUCAUGGGAAAGUAUUAUCAGCCGUGUUUGAAAUUAGGUUGUAAAGUCAUGCAUUGACAGUCCUGUUAGCUGAAACUUUAGGGUUCCCUGGAUUGAAAUACCAUAGUACCCUAGGAAUCUGGAUUUAAACACUUUAAGUACUAAUAAUUAGGACUAAGAAUACUCUACAUUGUGGUACUAUAUAUCUUGAUGGCAAUGAUACACCAUGUGAAAUGAAAAAAACGACACUUGCAAUGUAUUCCAUCAGCGAAGAGCAUGAUCUAAUCCUCAUCCUGAAAUUUGAAUUAACGGAAUUAAUUCGCUUCAGAUUUUUACAUGACUACAGAAAAUAUUACUUUUCAAACCAGGGAACCUUUUGUCUGUAUAAUUAUGGUUGAUAUAUAUGAUAUACAGUUCUGUAGUGAUUCAUCACGUGACAUUACGGUACGUAUAUCAUGGAGCAAAGUAUCACAAUGACCCGAUACUAAGGUGAGUCGUUACUGCUCUGAAGCCAUUCAUCUUGCAUAUCACCACUACUCUAUUGCAUAUCUCACAUGAAACAGACCUCCACUAUAAGACAAUCCUGAAAUAUUUUCCUUCAGAUUGAAACUUAUUUUCACAAUAAUAUUUACAUAUGAAUAUAUUUUUUCAUCCAGUGAUGUUAGAUGUUUGCUUUGAAAAUGUCUUCUUUUAUUCUGUUAGAUUUUACACACAUUUUUCAAGGGUCUGUUUUAUCUGCUUAUCUGUGGUAAAGGCAUUUGGUUUUGUUUAUUUACAUUUGACAUAUCAACAAGAUUGUCCUUAUAGUCCUUAUUUGGAACUGACGCAAUCCAUUUGUUUGGGCAACUUAUAUAGUCAUAUGAAAUAAGUUACAUUCUUUUUGUUAUCUAAUUAAUUUAGUUGAACACUAUUAAUAUAUUUUAAUCAGAUUCCCAAGCAUGUAUAAUUCAAUAAACAUUUUUAAAAGUAUUUUAUCAUUUUAAAAAUAACAAAAACCUUAUGUGCAGCCAAUGGCUUGUUGGAAGACGACAGCCCUUGCUCACUAGAAAUGGUGUUCAAGAAUGGAACAGUUUUGCUUUCCAUCCUUGCCUUAAAAAUGAUGAUUCUAACUUAUAAUUCUGUCCAUGCUAGAUUGUAGCAUGUCAUCCUGACUCAACUGUUUCUCUUUCCCGUUUGUUCAUUAUCAUAUCAUGACUUCUAGAAUCAGGUUCGAUUCAUAUUGCAUUUGUGGAUAGUUUCUCUUUUUUGAUGGCUUGUGUUGUAGUUGUUUGUAUUCAAAGCAAAUGUAUUUGUUUUAUGUUUAACAUUUACAUGUUUUAAAUAAGUUUGUUACAUGUGAAUGUAAAAUGACUAUUUGUUUUACAAUAGUAGUGAUCCUACAAUUUGAUCUGUAAGAAAAUAUUUUAUUCAGAGUUGCCAAAAUGUAAAUGCCACAUGUUACCAAUAUCAUCAUUUUGACACUGUUUUAAUAACACUGUUACAAGAUUAGAAUGGAGAUACACACUUUGUAUCAGAGAAUGGGUUUAUUGAUGACUUCUGUAUUUGGAUAUGAAUAUCCAUGGUGCCAUGUGUAUUCUGUAUAGGCUUCUGAACAAUACUCGGAUAUCCAUUAUCAUGAAGAACAGAAUUCUGUUCAUCUCUGUUAACCAGGAAUCGUAUACAGAGCUGUAGUGUUAGUCUACUGUCAACAGAGCAUAAUCAAGCCACGGGUCACUUGUAAAUCACAGUGUGGACAAACAGCAUAUCGCCAUAGCUCUUGACAUAGAUAUUUUAAAGAGUUUAUGGUUAUGCUGUUUCAUAUUUACACCUGUGUCUUGUUAACAAUGAAGAUAUUCAGUAUUGUGUGAUUGUUGUAGCAGUGUAUUUUAGUGUGAUCAAUUUGCAAAUGUGGAAUUGUCUUUUAUUCCCUCAUCAAUAAGCUCGGUCUCCAAUGGCAUAGUCUUCUAACUGCUUAGGUUCUGAACAAACUGGUUGGAACAUCCUUAAAUCUAGAAUGAUGGGGUAAUUCAGUGUCCUAUCAAAUACCAUGGAUUAUCCUGUUGCUCCAAAUGCGAGAUGUCUGGUCAACUAUCUUCUUAGUAUAGGUUUUUACAACGUUUACCCAGUACAUAUCUGGAUUAUGUCAUCAUUAGUUGGUUACCCCAUGGCGAUAGUCAUUUGAACAUGGCUAUAUGUUUUAGCAAUUUAAAGUCUUUAGAUAAUCUCCCUUCAAGUGUGCAGUGUUGAAAGUUUUGUAUAUGUAGUCAGUUUGUGAUUAGUGAAUCGUAGCAAGUCCGUGUUUUCCUACCCGUGGUGUGUCCCUCCCCGACAUUCCGUUACAGUACGUACGUGUAAUUGUCAUCAAAGUGGGUUUCCUUGACAGUUUUGCAUAUUUUUUAUAUCUAAAUAUUGUCAAAGGGUAUUGAAAUAUUUUCAGUGAGAAUGUUGUGAAUUUUUGUACAUAAAUAAGGAUAUACUGUUACUAUUUCAAGUUUAAUGGCUGAAAUUAUUUUUCAUAGUUGACAGUUCUCAUGAUUCUUUUGAGAAAUCAUACUGUAUGUGUGUUUUAAAAUGAUUAAUCAGUACCAGUUUUGUAGUCCUUAAGAAACAGUUUUUAUCCCUGUCGAGAGAUACACAAUUGUUUGAUCAAAGGGAAGUAACUCUAAAAGACCUCAUUCAAACCAAAUGACAUUGUCCUAUUUGCCAGUGAUCAAUUUGGCCUUGUUAGAUUUCCAAUACUACUUAUAGUGCAACAUGGAUAGAAGCCAGAUGUCUCAAUCAGGAUAGGGAAACUAGCAGUAUUGUGGAGAUGUAUUGUGUGGUAGACACUCAGUGGAGGAGACAAACCAUUUUGGAGCACUUCCUGUUGAUAAAUGGUUAUUUGAAAUGGAUCUAUCUCCAAGUUGUGUGUCAUAUUUCGAAAGUCCAUGACACGCAAUAACUGUUUUUUCGAGAGGAUGGUUGUUGUUGUGUUGUAGGUGGUAGUGUAGAACGGUAGUGUUGAGCUGCAAGGUGUACUUUAGUCAAAUAUUUUGUGUGGUUUGGAUUACAUGAAAUCAUGUUGAUUUACGAACUUGUUUUUAUUCAGAUGUUGGCAAAAUCAGCACAUUCUCAUGUCCAGUGUGUUAAGAAAAAUGUUGAUGAAACGACUGGUGCCCAAAAUAGCAUGGAUCAGGUAAUUUGAACCUCACAAAUGUAUAUAAAUGUAUUAUUUCAAUGUUUCUUCUACUUUUACAUGUUUUUUUUCGUUGAAACUGUUGCAGAAUUUAUUGAGUUCUUGUAGCUUUAUUUUACUUACAUUUCAGCACUGUGUUGAAGUAACAUUAUUUGUUUGAUUUUAUGUGAUGUUUUUAGUUACGAUUUUUAGGUGUUAUGUUUCUGAUUUAGAACCCAAAUGUAACAUGGCUGGAUUUGACAGCUGGGUCAUCAGUCACACUGACCAUAGGACAUUGAACUUGACAAGACAAAUGUCAUAUCUGCAAUCUAGAUCAAAAAGAGUUUGACAUUUUUUGACAAAUUCAUUCCCAGUUGUUGCUUACAAAGCACUGGUUUUGUUGAAAUUGUAUAUGCCUUCAUAGUAUUUGAAUCUUAGUAUUUUCUAAGGAUUGGUUGUUAUUGUUUAUGUAAUGGAUGUCACGAUUUGAGUGGAAAGCAGUCUUCAGAUAUCAUAUUUAAUGAUACAGUAUAUUGGAAUUUAUUAUGAAGGUCUGGUCUAAAAUGUAUUCAAACUAAAUGUUAAUGGUGCUAAAUUUGGCCAAAUUGUCCACAGUAAAUAAUCUGUUGAAUAAUUAUCUAGUCAUGUUAUGGAAUUGACUGUUUUGCACCUUUGUACCAUCCAGGGGAACUAUGAUGACAUUGUUCCAGCAUUGUGAAGAUCCAAUUCCAGUAAUGUGUAUGGGCUAGGAUGUUGCAAUAGAAGGCAAUCCCACCCAGAAGGGUCAUGUUUAACUCUGGAAAACCCAGUACCUUGCAGAGGGAUAAUAGAAAUUGCUACCAGUCAUGAUCAUGAGAUUUUGACAGGCAUCAUGCACUGAAUUUGGUGAUCUCGUAACCAUUUUCCUAAAUAUGUAUUUAUUGUUUUGGGAAUUGUGUUAAAUAGUGACCCAGGAUGGGGGUUCCUCUUUGAGCAUCAGUGUUACAGACAGGGAAAGAUAACUUUGGUGUUCUCUCACUCUCUUGUGUGUACUGAGUGUGUGACCCUCAAUGUUGUUACGUUUGAGUUUGACCUAUUGUACAACUUUCCACUCUAGGCAGACUUGGACAGUUUCAGACAGAUUUAGGUAUAGUGUACAGAUGAUAGAUGACAAUAAAACACACGAUGAAACAAA